AUGACGGAUCACUACGUCGGGCAGCGCCUGAGUCUCAAAGGACAGCCCUAUACUGUGCAAUAUGUCGGUGCUGUGGCAGACAAACCCGGCAUCUGGCUAGGCGUGGAAUGGGAUGACCCUGAACGAGGCAAGCAUGAUGGCACUCACGAUGGGAAGAAGUACUUCGAAUGCAGAAAUCCUUCUCCUAGAGCAGCGUCCUUCCUCAAGCCAAGCCAGCCCUGGGACAAACCCAGGACGUUUCUUCAAGCACUCCGGGAGAAGUACAUGCCGGAAGAUGCUGGAACUGGAGCAGAGAUCGUCUACUUCUCGACCAAGCAAGCCGAGGAAGUCGGUUUCGACAAGUUUGCUCGACGACAGGCCCAGCUGCAAGGCAUCCACGUCUUGGUCUUGGACCGCAUGCAGAUUCGUGCAAGUCGGGACCGUGAAGAAGAUGAGACCAUCACGAACUUCUGUGCGAACGUCACCGAGCUCGAUCUGAGCGGUAACCUCUUUGGGUCCUUGGACGAGGUCGUUCGCCUUGCCGGCUUGUUCCCAAAGCUUUCGAAUCUCAACCUCAGUGGCAAUCGCCUCGUCGUUGGCACUAACGCUGGUGUGCUUUCUACUGUCCGGAUACUAGACGUUUCAGACACAUGGCUAAACUGGACCAAGAUCAUUUCGUUGACAGAAAGCUUCCCAAACAUUAGGAAGCUCGCUGCGGCAAGAAAUGGACUUAGUUCAAUCUGCCCUGGCUUGCUGCCAGCUGGUGUGCAAGAUCUUGACCUGUCCGACAAUCUCUUCUCCAGGCUGUCUGAUCUGAGAGAUCUCAAUUCUUGCCCUGCUCUGCAGACACUGAUUAUAAAACGCAGUCGUGUGGAAGCAGUUCAUACAUCAGAAGAUGCCGGCUCUUUGAGCGAGACCAUCCAAACGCUUGAUCUUGCCCACAACGCGGUAUCGUCGUGGUCAUUCUUCGACUCAUUGGAGGGCGCAUAUCCUGCUAUAAAGCAUCUCAUAACGACCGGCAACCCAUUAUACGAAGGCCUACGAUCCGCCGAGGGCAAGCCACUUUCCACACAGGAUGGUUACAUGCUCACAAUCGCUCGGCUACCGCAGCUAAGCAUGCUAAACUACAGCAAAAUCACGGAGAAAGAACGACUGAACUCCGAGACCUACUACCUGGGUCAAAUUGCCGCAGAGAUAGCCAAUCACCCUGUCGGAGACGAGGAAAAGGUCCUUCGCCGCCACCCUCGAUGGAAAGCCCUCUGCGAGGAGUAUGGACAGCCAGCUAUUCGACGUGUGCCAAGAGCAGACGAACUCGACCCAAACAGUCUGGCCGCACGAUUACUGAAUGUCACCUUUGAACUCGCCCCACAAGCAUUCCCUCAUUCCUCUACGCGCACCUGGCAGCACGAGAUAUCCAAAACCCUCAACAUCUACUCUCUCCACGGCCUUGUCGGCAAGAAACUUGGCAUAAUGCCGCUCCAGCUUCGCCUGGUCUGGGAAACAGGAGAACGAGAUCCCUUGGGUCAGGGGGAUGCGCAUGGCGGGCCAGAAUGGUGGGACAGCAGUGACGAAAGCGACAACGACGGAGCCAUGGACGCAGGAUCGGUCUUGAGGGAGGUCGAGCUGGCGCCUGGAACUCGAGCCCUUGGUACUUAUAUCGAAGGACGCAAGGCACGAGUCCGAGUCGAGCUACAGGGCGAAUGA